ACCAGCACCUCAGUGUCCACUAGGGACCAUUGGUUGAGCGCCACCUCAACCAUCACCCCAAAUAUGCCCGGUUCCAUCAGUGUUCCUCCAACCCCGCAACCAAGCAACAGCCUUCCAACUACCUUCAAGCAAGGUGAUCUACCCCAUUCCAUCUACCGCAAAGAGCCCAGAGACAUCAGUGACCACCAUGAAGUCUCCUACCGCCCUUACAUCACCGUCAUCAAGACCAACUCCAACCACUACUCAGAUGACUACAGCAGCAAGCUUGACCACCACCCCAGGCAUUUGUGAAAAUGGCGGCACCUGGGACCAGGACCAGUGCGUUUGUGUUCCUGGUUUCUCUGGAGACCGCUGUCAAGUUCCGGAUACCAGAUGCCGGAACGGGGGCUCAUGGGAUGGCGUCAAGUGUCUCUGCCCCAGUACCUUCUAUGGGUCUCUCUGCGAGUCUCCAGUGGAGCAGUUAGAAAUAGACACAGUGGAGACCGAAGUGGGCAUGGAGGUAUCCGUGGACCAGGAAUUCUCUCAAGACCUCAAAGACAACACUUCCAAGGCCUACAGAGAUUUCAGCAAUGCCUUCCAGGGCCAGAUGCAGAAGAUUUACCAGACUGUCCAAGGUUUCCAGGGUGUGCGGAUCCUGUCCCUGAGCCGCCUGUCACUGAACUGCCCCGCGGGCUACGAGGACUUCCGCUUUCCCCUGGUGGAGCCGAACAGGCUCCGCUGCGUCACCAGCUGCACACCUGCAGCGGAUGUCACCACCGACCGCCACCGGGGACAGUGUUUCUGCAGAAGGACCGUCCAACAGGCCACGCCCAUCCGGGCCAGGAUUCCGGAGCUCACUGCUGCCGGGGCUCGAACCCAGGACGUUUGGGGAGCCGGGCGGGAGGCUGAGCUUCCUCCCCGUCCACAGCUCUUGUGUUUGCACUCCAUCCAUGUGCUAAUGUUUAUCCUUCACCUUGCACCUGUGCACACCGAACUCACACCUGUGGACACCUGAACUCACACCUGUGCACACCUGAACUCUCACCUGUGGACACCUGAACUCACACCUGUGGACACCUGAACUCACACCUGUGGACACUCAAACUCACACCUGUGGACACCGAACUCACACCUGUGGACACCUGAACUCACACCUGUGGACACCUGAACUCACACCUGUAGACACCUGAACUCACACCUGUGGACACCUGAACUCACACCUGUAGACACCUGAACUAACACCUGUGCACACCCGAACUCACACCUGUGGACACCCGAAUUCACACCUGUGGACACCUGAACUCACACCUGUGGACACCCGAACUCACACCUGUGGACACCCGAACUCACACCUGUGGACACCUGAACUCACACCUGUAGACACCUGAACUAACACCUGUGCACACCCGAACUCACACCUGUGGACACCCGAAUUCACACCUGUGGACACCUGAACUCACACCUGUGGACACCUGAACUCACACCUGUGGACACUGAACUCACACCUGUAGACACCUGAACUCACACCUGUAGACACCUGAACUCACACCUGUGGACACCUGAACUCACACCUGUGGACACCUGAACUCACACCCGUGGACACCUGAACUCACACCUGUAGACACCUGAACUCACACCUGUGGACACCUGAACUCACACCUGUGGACACCUGAACUCACACCUGUGGACACCUGAACUCACACCUGUAGACACCCGAACUCACACCUGUGGACACCUGAAUUCACACUUGUGGACACCAGAACUCUCACCUGUAGACACCUGAACUCACACCUGUAGACACCCGAACUCACACCUGUGGACAUUUGAACUCACACCUGUGGAUACCCGAACUCACACCUGUGGACACCUGAACUCACACCUAUGGACACUCGAACUCACAUCUGUGGACACCGAACUCACACCUGUGGACACUCAAACUCACACCUGUGGACACUGAACUCACACCUGUGGACACCUGAACUCACACCUGUGGACAUUGAACUCACACCUGUGGACACUGAACUCACACCUGUGGGCACCUGAACUCACACCUGUGGACUCCUGAACUCACACCUGUGGACACCUGAACUCACAUCUGUAGACACCUGAACUCACACCUGUAGACACCUGAACUCACACCUGUGGACACCUGAACUCACAUCUGUAGACACCUGAACUCACACCUGUAGACACCUGAACUCACAAAUGUAGACACCUGAACUCACACCUGUGGACACCAAACUCACACCUGUGGACACUGAACUCACACCUGUGGACACCUGAACUCACACC